CCGUAGUGCGCAGGCGCGCCGGGCCAGCUCGGCUGUCGUGGGAUUCUGGUUGUGGAAGGAGAGGAGCAGCAGCGGCGGCGGGAGUGUGGCUGUUCCGGGCGCUGUUCCGAUGGCCGCGGAUGCCCCGCCCGGCGCGCCCCUGACCCGGCGCCCGCUCCUCCUGGGCCAAGUGGAGGGCUCCCAGGACGCCGUGACCAUGGCCGCGAUUGUGCCCAAGGAAGAGGGCAUCCUCAGCGUCUCCGAGGACAGAACGGUUCGUUUAUGGCUGAAGAGGGACAAUGGACAAUACUGGCCAAGCAUAUACCAUGCAAUGCCAUCUCCAUGUUCAUGCAUGUGUGUUAAUCCAGAAACAAGAAGGCUGUCUGUCGGUUUAGACAAUGGCACCAUUUCGGAAUUUAUUUUAUCAGAAGAUUACAACAAGAUGACACCAGUUAAAAGUUACCAGGCUCACCAAAGUAGGGUUAUGAUGGUCCUAUUUGUCCUGGAAAUGGAGUGGCUCCUGAGCAUAGGGCAGGAUAAGCACUUCACUUGGCAUUGCUCAGAGAGUGGGCAGCGCCUCGGGAGCUACAGGAUCAGCGCUGGGGCGUGUGGAUUACAAUUUGAUGUGGAGACACGACAUGUUUUUAUUGGUGAUCUUUCUGGGCAAGUGACUAUCCUUAAACUGGAGCAAGAAAAUAGCAAUCUGAUAACAACAUUUAGAGGUCAUACAGGUGGAAUCAGUGCCCUCUGCUGGGAUCCGGUGCAGCGAGUCUUAUUUUCAGGCAGUUCGGAUCACUCAAUUAUUAUGUGGGACAUUGGAGGGAGAAAAGGAACCGCCAUUGAACUACAAGGACAUAAUGAUAAAGUCCAAGCGCUCUCCUAUUCUCAUCACACGCGACAACUUAUCUCCUGUGGAGCAGAUGGUGGAAUUGUGGUCUGGAAUAUGGAUGUUGAAAGGCAGGAGACACCAGAAUGGUUGGACAGUGACUCGUGUCAAAAGUGUGACCAGCCCUUCUUCUGGAACUUCAAACAAAUGUGGGAUAGCAAGAAAAUAGGUCUCAGGCAGCACCACUGCCGGAAGUGUGGGAAAGCUGUGUGUGGCAAGUGCAGUUCAAAGCGGUCCUGCAUCCCCCUGAUGGGCUUUGAAUUUGAAGUGAGAGUCUGUGACAGUUGUUAUGAAUCAAUAACAGAUGAGGAGCGUGCACCCACGGCCACUUUCCACAACAGUAAACACAAUGUUGUCCAUGUACACUUUGAUCCAACCAGAGGGUGGUUGCUAACGUCUGGAACAGACAAACUUAUUAAGUUGUGGGAUAUGACACCUGUAGUAUCCUGAUGCAUCCCUGAAGCCUAAAGAAAUUCUGUGUUACUGAAGAGGGGAUUCCUAGUCCUGUGGAAGCAGAUGGAUCAAGCUGUGUAGAGACCGAGAAGGGCAAGAACGAAUGCUUCUGGCUGGUUUCCCAAGCCACCUAGCAGAUCCAGCAUGAACACUUACACCAAAUGCUCUACUUUUCUUCAUUUUCAAAUGCAGAAGAUAUUUUUUUAAGCCAACGGUUAUACAAUCCAGUUCCACUCAGCCAUUUUGGGACUCUGUCUAGGAAAUCGGUGUGCAGUGCAGUUUGUUUCUUGUUCCAUGUUGACGUGUGCUGUUUUAUGUGGGGGAUUCUUGGUGGCUGUGAGUGGUCCUUCUGCUGUGUGACAUUGGCAAGACUGGUGCUGACUGUGUCUUAGGAGACAAAACAGAAAGCAAAUGAUCCCUCUUUCUGUAUUGUCCAGUGGCGUAAUUGAACAAGAACUUGGGGUUGCAAAAUUGUCUUCUGAGUUCUGGGCGAACCAAAGGUCAUUAGGGAAAAAAAGAUUGCCUUUCCUCUUACAUUCUAGCAGUCGGUCAAGCGAUGUGUGGGCAAAGGGAAGUGUAGGAAAAGUCCAGUCUUUUUCAUUGCAAGGCAAGUAUGAAUGCAUUAUUUGAUAGCAAACUUCAAAUAGAAUAAACCAGCCUUCUACCCCCAAGCGUAACCAAUGAGUGUAGAAAGCAGUUCAAACCAAGACUGCAAACAACUGGCUGUAACCUAGUGUCCGUUGAACUGAAUUGUCAUUGCGGAGAACGUCUGAUAGUUUAGCUGGACCAAGGCUGCAAGAACUUCAUUUUGAUUGACUUUAUGGGGCACGGUUUGAACUACCUUACAUUGGUCACCUAAUCUGGCAGAACGCGCAUUUUAAGAAUUUGCAGAUCACUGUAAUUGUUUAAAAUUCUCAAAAGGGCCCCCAAAUUAAUGUUAAAUUUCAAGGUGUUUUUUUUUUUUUGCUGCAUUAUUAGGCAUGUCUCUUUUUAAAAAAUAAAAAUAUAUAAAUUAAAACGGCCUCUUUCAAAAAUUA